UAACAUAAGUACACAUUGUGCGGCGUAGAAAAGUUUUACUAUAUAAAAGAGAGAAUAUUAUUUUUGCCAAAAGCAUAUUUCAACAUGAAGAUUCGAGAAGAAUUAGUUCUUUUAAUUUUUAUUACGGUGCAGGUGCAAUGCUUCAGUUUGUCCAACAACUCAAGUCUGAAUGUUGACACCGUGUCGAAGAUUGAAGAAUCGUCAGGAGAGACGAACAUUUCCAGCACUACAUCUACAAAUAAUAUUUGUACAAUUUGCAAACACUUAAAAGCAAUCAACUCUUUCUUAAAGCCAAAAUACGAGAAGUUGACAUUAGUUAUUGCAGCAGAUGUACAAGAUGCAAUCAAAAUGGCUGAAUAUUUGAGUCAUAAUAAUCGGGUUCAACUCGAAAACAACGAGCUUCAAAUUCCUCAGCAGUUGUUGAGUGACGUAGUUAAAAUUCUGAGUUUACUCUACUACAGUAAUGAGACUUCUACUUUCUUCUUCGCUUAUCCUACCAAUAUGACGAAUGAAAUAUUAACGAAUUAUCUAAUCCACAAAAUUAUUGACUCAUCUGAAAAGAAGUUCGUUAUCCUGACAAGUAAUGGAGAAAUAGAGAAAAAUAAUCUCGAUCAUCUGUUUCAGGUGUCAUCGAAUAUUUUGGUAGAAUAUUCCUCAUCAAUUUUGUUCAUUCCAUUAAGUAUUGUUUCAUUUAAUUCUACCAUGAAUCCAUGCAAAAUUUUACCCACAUUUAGAAAAGUAGAGAAAUACUUCAGAGACACUUUCGUCAGAUUUUCAGAAUCUUCAAAAGAUUACUCAUCUUGGCUAAAAGAAAUCAAAAUCGCCAAUAUCACUACUCAAGAGAAAGUAAUAUUUAAUUCAAUCAGUUUUAUAGUGUUUCUAGUAAAUAAUAUCAAUAAUGACAAGUCUUUCCAGUGCGAGCAAAAAAAAUUAACUCCUGAAGAAUUUCUAACACCUUUGAGCUUUCGAAGGUUGCUAAAAUUAAAUAAUUCAGUAAAGUCAAAUACCACCGAUGAGGACGUAAAGUGCCUUGAACAACUAUGGUCCACUAUGGUAGGUUCUACCUUACUGUCCGAUUCGCCUUUCUCAAAUAUGACUACAUUAACAGAUAUAUUGAAUUUUCUGGAAUUCCUUGAGCCAAUUUACAAACAGAUUUCUCUAAGAUAUGAAGAAGAAUCUUUUGGUUAUAUUUGCAACAAUGCAAACUUGGAAAUUCUGCAACAAUUCUGCUUUGCACAUUAUGCUCAAGAUGGACAAUUAAUCGAACUCUGGGAAAGUUUUAUCAAAACUAAUUUCCUGGUGAAAAUAAAAUGGUUUCGAAGAUUGUGGACAAUGUUCACAAACCUCGAUUUGUGGAGUGAAGCUAAAAUUUCCAGUGAAUCGGAAAAAUUAUUCAAUGAAAUACCAAAGGAUGGUCAAUAUGACGAGCAAUUGAUGAAAAAGGCUUUUUAUAUCGUAAAUAAAAAUAUGAAACUAAAAAUACAAGUUACAUGUUCACAAAUAUCGAAGUUCACUUAUAAGCUACAAAUGAAAGGAAAUUUCUUCAAACUUGGUAAUAUUUUAAAAAAUCAUCACUGCCCUAAAGAAAUAAUCUUCAUUGAAGUCUUUGCUUCUGACAAAAUUAUAAUCGAUGAAGAUUUAAUUCUUGAUGGAGAGGGGACGCAAGUAAAUAUAAUUGCACCAGUUUGGGAAAUUAUUUCAAACAAAACUAUAAAUUUAGAUGGUGCACCUGCAGUAAAUUUUUGGGAAGAAAAAACAAGAAGGGGAGAUAACGGCAAUCCAGGUUUACCUGGAAGACCAGGAGGAACAUUCUUUGCCAUUACUAAGGAGACUAUUAACGGGAAAGGUUUGCGAAUAUCGACAAAUGGAGGAAAAGGUGGUAAAGGUCAAUCUACCGUAUCUGGAGAACUACAAGGGGAAAGAGAAAUUAUUUACAAUGCUCUCGGUGGUAAAGGAGGGGCAGGAGGUAUACAUGGAGUAAAUCAAUUAUAUUCCUUAAAUAAUUCUUCCGCUAUUAAUGUACAAUUAUCACUAAAGAAUGGCACAGCUGGCGAGGAAGGAGAAAAUGGAGUAACGAGCUUCUUAGAAGGUUUGUUAGUAGCUCUAAUGGGAGCAAAAGACAAAACUAAUCGUUGUGUAAAAAGUAUUCGUUUCGAUCCUGAAAUACCUCAAAAACCAGUCAUGGUGGAAGAUUUCGGUGAAUCCGUUAGAAGAUAUAGAAAAUUUAUUUUAACUGAAAUUUUAAAAUGUAAGUGCAGUACUUAUGCACAACUGUAUUUCGACCUGAAUUCCAACAAACAAAUUCCAAAUACUUAUAAUACCGCAGAUUUUAUGGAUGAAUUGACAUAUUUAGAAAAAUAUUCAUCUGUGGAAUCAAAUAAUACAGUAAGAUUAAUUUUAUUCAAAGCCUGGAAUCUACAAUUUCGUAAAUACCAAUUACAUCAUUUGCAGAGUAGCAAUGCAACAAUUCAUACAAAAGUACUUCUAAGUUUGGACACUAUGAUUUCUAGGAAAAUCCAAAAACUCGAAAGUAAAUUUUACGAUAACUCAGUUUUGUUGAUUGAAACCUACUUAGAAGCGUGUAUUCAAGAUAGUAAGAAAUUAAAAGAUGCUGAAAUUUUAGUCGACAUGAGAAUUAUCACCAAGAGCUACACUGCCGAAUUCGAGGAAGAAAUUAAGAAAGCAAAUCAAUUACUUUCAAAUAACCUACAAGAUUACUUAACAAAAAGAGUAGAUGAUUUAAAAGCCGAAAUUAAACAAAUAGUCCUGGAAAUUGAUAAAAUUAUAGAAUCAAAAAAAGGAGAAAAUAAAGAAUUAAUGGAGAUGAAAAGAAAAUUAGAGGCGCAGGCAGGACUAUUGGUAUUCUUCGGAUUUCUUCGAUUCGUCUCUUUAGUACUAACAUUUAUAAAUCCAGUUUGUGCUAUAGUUGGCACUGCAUUAAGUAUUGGCGUCAACAUGCUUGAAUCGAAGAUUAUCGAUAAUUCAGAAUCGAGAACAGUUCUUGAUUCUAUGAACCGAAAUUAUGAAGCGUUACAAGAAUCGACAAAAAAUAAAAAGAAUAGAAAAACAAAUUCUGUAAACACUGGAAAUAAUUAUUUUGAUGUAGUUGACAUUGUUGAGCAAACGAGAAAGAAAGUUUCUCAACAUAAUUCUAAAAUAGAUCAAGUGAAUGAUAGAAUUCAGCAGAAUCUACAAGAUAUAAAGAAUUUAGAAACAUACAAAACAGAAAUUCAUGAAAAAUUAGAGCCUUUCAUAGAAGGAAUUCAUGGGCAAAUAAUGAAUCAGACUGGGCAAUUUCAUAAAUUAUCGAUCACUUAUCUUGAAUAUGAAAGAUGGCGAAUGGACGAUUUACUAUCCGAUGUCUCAAAUCAAAUAGAAAAAUGGACCACAACUUUCAACGUAGAGGAAAAUGCUGUGGGAAAAUUAAAGAAAGCAAUGGAUACAACAAUUCGUCUUCAUACACUAAUAAGAGAAAUGAAUUAUAAAAUUUCAAGUGCACAAUUUUUGUCCGAUAUAGCUGAAGUUUCACAUCAAAUUACAAAUGUUCGAGAUAAGGAACUUAGAAAUAGUGUUACAGAUUUGAUGCACACUCAUUACGCGAAUGACAUAAUCGACGAAUACAAGAAAUGGGUGGUCUCAUUCAAACAGUACACAUUUCCAUUCAUCAAGGAAUAUCCCGAUAUCACUGAACCGGAAACAUUAAAUAUAGUUCAUCCACUGGAGAGGGCGAAUCUCAUAGUUGAAAAAUUGAAGUACCUUCAGGCAUAUUUAGGCAAAAGGAGAGCAGAAGCCCAAUAUUUUACAACAAUGGCCAAGUUUGGCAGUAACGGACCCCUUCCAUCAUUCUACACCUGGAAUAGCAGCAGACAUUCCACCGAAAUAGGAGAAAUUCUCGAGGGCAAAACUGUGAAGCUAUUUGCAGACAUUCAUGAUUUUAAGACUUUGAAUGCUGUUAAAUUUCGUGAUAUAAAUAUUUUGUUCACCUCGUCGAAUGCAACUUUAAAUGCGGAGUUGUGGGACGAUUUGUCCUCAUUUUCUGUCAAACUGAUUCACAAUGGAGACUCUUAUUAUAGAUGUAAUGAUGAACUGCAUUUGUUCAAGUCUGGUGAACAUAAUUUUGGCAUCAAGUUCUUCAUGUCUCGAAAGAAGAGAUUUACUGACUAUGGACAAUUGGACUAUGUUUUAAGUCCCUUCGCCACGUGGACUAUUAGCCUCUGGGAUAACUUGGGUAAAGGAGAUUUUAACCUACUCUCUAAAUAUGUAAGCAAAGUCAAUAUCGAAUUGAUCGGAGAUGGCGAAUUUUUAAAUCCAGACAUAAAUUGUUCUCAAAUUUAACUGUUAAAAAAAUGUUAAAAUUAUCCUAUUUUUAUAAAACACAAAAUUUUUAUAAAAUGGAUAAAAUGGAUAAAAUGUUACAAUCAGUUACAAUUGUAUGUUGUGUAUAAGGAAACUAUGUCAGUCGCCUUUGGUAUAAAGUAAGUAAAUGUUGAAGUAAAAUUUAUAAACACA